UAUAGCAAAUGAACUCGUGCAUCCCCUUCCCUCCCGUUCCUGUCUUACCUAUUCUCCCGAUUCCGCCGCCCGAUGUCGGCCGACCCCGUCGCCCCGGCCGAAUCCUCUGCCUUCUGGCAAUCCGUCCAGCGAGCGCAGGCCGCCGUCCAAUCCCUCUACCUCAUCCUCGGCUCCCUCCCCGAUGCAGUCGCCUCCUCCGAAAACCCCGCGGCCGCCCUCCUCAACGACGAGGCCGUCGCUCGCGAGGUCUCGAUCCGUCUUCGCCGUCAUGGCUCCGGCGCCGGCGACGACAACCUCUGCCGCUGGCUCUACGACACUUUCCAGUCCAACGAUCCCGACCUCCAGCUCGUCGUCUUGACCUUCACCCCCACCAUCGCCGGCGUCUACCUCUUGCGGGCCAUCUCCCGCGAACCCCUCGCCGGCUUCGAGGCUGUGCUGCUGGCGCUGUACGCGUACGAGACCGUGAUACGAGGCGGGGAUCCGGAGACGGUCAACCUCCCCAAUCUCGCCAACCCCAGCGUCUACCACGAGGCGAAGGCCCCGCCCAAGAAAGGCGCGGUGGAGCUCGACAUAGCGGUUGUCUCCCCGGCUCUGGAGCCUUAUGGCACCGUUCGGUCCACCAAGCGCGCAAGGAUCGUCGGCGUGGCACUGGAGCUGUACUACAGCAAGAUAUCGUCCAUGCCUCUCUCAUCUAAGCUGGCCUUCUGCGAGUUCUGCAUGGUCUGGGCAGGCCAAGAUAUUGGGACGAAAGCGGAAGGAGAGAGAUCCGGUGAGGCAAAGGCGGCGGCGACGGCGGCGGAUAAGAAUGGUGGGAAAGAGGCGGGUGAGGUGAAGGCGGGGCGGAUUCCGCUGCCGUGGGAGCUAUUCCAGCCUAUCGUGAGGAUCGUGGGGCACUGCCUCCUGGGUCCGGCGAACCCGGAGGAGCUGAAGACCACGGCGUACGCGGUGGUGGAACGGCUGCACUGGAGGGCGACGCACGACAUGAAUCCGCAGGAGAUUCUGGCGACGCGGAGCCUCCUCCGGCUGGGCAAGAUGGGAGACGACACGAUAGCGGAGCCUCAGAUCUCCACCAACUCGGACGAUUACUCCGAAGAGGCGUUAAAGAUGAAUGCACGACUAACGUAGUGGGUUUCAACGAGAAGGAAAAAGAACCAUCAAAUGCUUAGCCACAGCAAUAGCAUGGACUUAGAAAUA